AUGCGAAGAAAAAAAAGGAAAAAGAAAAAGAAAGCACGAGAUAGACAAAUCAAGCAUAAAAAUAUGAUUAAAAUUUUUUGUUCUCAUUUAUUCCUAUUGAUUACUGUCUUUAUUCUUUCAUUAUUAUUUACUAUUGUCAAUUGUAAUAAUAAUGAUGAUAUAAUUGAAGCAACAUCAUUUGAAACAAGACCAAUAACAAAAACAACAAAAAAUCAUUUAUAUGAUUUAUUAGCACAAGCAAAUUUAAAUGAUGAAGAAAUAAAUAUUUUUAUUCAAGAUUUAUUACAAUCUUAUCCUAAUCGUCGAUCAUCAUUUUAUGCCAUGCGAGGAAAACGACGAGCUAUUUUACCAUAG